UGGGAAGGGCCGUCAUGGUCGGUGAGGUGGCAGGGGGACGUGUGGCGGCCCAUUUCCUCGUACAGGAGGGCGAUGCUGUGUGUCAGUUGAAUCGCUACUGAGGUCACUCCCCGCCAUUGGGCUGCGAGAGUGGGUAGCCGUUUGCCGGGCAUGUUUCUGACUCGAGCACUGUUUCGAAACAGAAUUCCUGGGAAACAAUGGAUUGGUAAACACAGACGACCAAGAAUAGUUACUUCUUUAAUGAAGAGAAAUAUGAUUAAGAGACUGGAAAUUGAAGCUGAAAAUGAAUAUUGGCUGAGUAGCCCAUAUAUGACAAAAGAGCAGGAAUAUCGCCAUGAUGAGGAAAAUGUACUUGCAUUGCAGCAGCAAAGAAUAGCUGAAGAGAGAGCAAAGUUUCGUGAACACAAAUAUGCUUCAGAAUACCUGAAGCACCUUAAUGUGACCAAGAGAUGGACAGAUUCCUGAUGUGUGUACUUUGCCAUUCUAAUGGGUUGUAUGAAUCCAGUGGGCUUGCUUCUGGUGACAAUGAAAUAAUGUCACAAAGCCUAUAAAUAAAUGUAUUCUUCAGUUUUCA